AUGAAUAGCGCACCCCAGCCAGUAGAUUUCCCUUUCCCCGCGCAGCCCCCUGAAGCUGUUGGCGGAGCGGAAAACUACCCCGCGCAACCUUUCGCGCAGCCUUUUGCGGAUCCUUUGGCGCAGCCGCAGAUGGCGGAGAGGGAGGCGGAGCCCUCCGCCGACCGAGACUCCGCGGGCGCAGUUUCCGCUCCCGCCGCCACUGCCCCGCAGCCCCACCACCCUCUCCAGCAACCACCGGCGCAAGGCGCCGCGCUGCAAUCCUCCACGCUGCCGCACGACGCGCAAGCCGCGCAGGUGGGCGGCGGCGGCUCCCGCGAGGGCUCCCGCGAGCGGGAGGCGGAAGGCGAGGCGCUGUCGGUGCGGUUCAACCAGGACUUCACGUGCUUCGCGUGCGGGACGCGCGGCGGCUUCCGCGUGUUCUGCUGCGACCCACUGUGGGAGACGAUUCGGCGCGACUUCGACGGGCGCGGCGUGGGCAUGGUGGAGAUGCUGUUUCGCUGCAACUUCCUCGCGUUCGUAGGCGGCGGUCCCAACCCGUGCUACCCGCCUAACAAGGCCAUGAUCUGGGACGACUCUCACAGCCGGUGCAUCGGGGAGCUCACCUUCCGCAGCGAAGUGAGGGGCGUGCGGCUGAGGAGGGACCGCAUCGUGGUGGUGCUGGAGCAUAAGGUCUACGUCUAUAACUUUGCAGAUCUGAAGCUGCUGCACCAGGUGGAGACGCUGUCCAACCCCAGAGGGCUGUGCGAGGUGUCCCAGUCGCCCAACAGUUUCGUUAUGGCGUGCCCUGGCAAGCACCGGCAGCAGAUCCGCAUUGAGCUAUUCGACCAGCGCCGCACACACUUCAUAGCGGCGCACGACUCGGAGCCCGCCUGCAUCGCUCUCUCGCUGGACGGGCAGCGCCUUGCCACGGCGAGCAGCAAGGGGACGCUCAUCCGCGUGUUCAACACGGCUGAUGGGAGCAAGCUGCACGAGUUGCGCCGGGGAGUGGAGAGAGCAGACAUCUACAGCCUCGUCUUCUCCCCCAAGGCGCCCUUCCUAGUAGCAGCAAGUGACAGAGGCACCAUUCACGUGUUCUCACUCCGCCACUCCCAAGGGCAGGCGCAGGGGCAGGAGGAUGGGGUGGGGGGCGGAGAGGGGAAGGCAGGGGCGACGGGGAGUGGUGGGGGAGCGGUGUCGGCACUGUCAUCAUUCGGAUUGAUGAAAGGCGUCCUCCCCAAGUACUUCAGUGACGAGCGCUCGCUAGCCUUCUACCGGGUGGGAGUGCACACGCGCAUGCUCGCUGCCUUUGGUGCCGAGGCCAACACCGUCAUCGUCGUUGGCAGCACUGGCGCGUUCUACAAGCUUCAAUUUGACCCGCAAACAGGUGGUGAGAUGAGGCUGCUGGAGGCAGCAAACUUCCUUGCGACAGAAGACGAGCAGAUCUGA